AUGGACGUCGUCUACACGCCCGACGCUACAGACAAUGAACCUCAAACUGUACUGGAUACCGUCGAGGGCGAGAUUCACUUCUUCCGUGCACUCAUGCGCGCUCGCCCAGUCGGCAUAAACCGACAUUUCCACGUAAUGUCCAUACAAGCCGCAAUCGAAAAGGGUACAAAACAAUCCGUGUCCGUUGACGAAAUUUGGCGAAAACUCGAAAGUUGUUAUAACCUGGAAGCUUUGGAAGCACUGGAGGCUGAGUACGAAUCAGGGAAUAACACUCAGUCUGAUUCCUCUACUCCUCAACCAACCGCAUCUCCCAAAGAGGGAGACAACCUCCAAACGCAUCCUUUCUUCCGCGAGGAGUUCUCACUUCCGCCAGACGGGUUCAUCGAGUCGUUACAAGCUGAACGUCGAAUACGAGCCACUGAGUCUCCCAUGUCGACCGCCUCACCGGCACCUGCACGUAAUUCAUCCGAGGGAGCCAGCAAGCGUGGACGAAAACGCAAAGCAAGUAACGAACCCAGUAAGGCGGACCUUGCGGGCCUUGUUAGCGGAGACAGUGAUAGCAGCGACCUAACACAGCAAAGCGGAGAUGAAGGUGACGAAACGAAUGGACAGGCGCAAACUCCUAGCGAGAAGCGGGCUACGAGUGCUGCAUCCGGUACAGAUGGUGAUACGGAUAAUGCAGAAGAGGAAGAAGAAGAAAAGGGUGAAGAUGAAGCACGCAGAACGAGAAGGGGAAGGAAACCAGUCACUCGUGCGAGAGGCAGAACCAUUGCUACUAGAAAGCGAAAACGAUAAGAUGUCAGCCCAUGUUAACUGUUAAUUUUAUUGCAUCUCUAUUCCCUCCAAUAUAUAUUGUGAUUACGUAAAUAGUAUGUUGUAACGAUAACUUUCGGAAUGCUAUGCUAUAAAC